UCGAGGGCGAAAAAGCAGAGCUGUUCCGUGUUUUCUGCAGAAGGCGAGAGUCCAUUGUAGUCUAUUACUCGUCGAGAGGGACAUGUUCAUGUUAUUCUUAUAACAAACACCCCAAACGCACUGUUUUGAUUACAAGUGGCAUCUAAUCCUUAAAAGAGCGAGCACCACCUAUAGGAGAUCGAAAGUGGCUUUUUCAUGGCUCUGUAAGCGGAUGCAACAAUAUGCGGAUGGUUUUUACAGCAUCUGGUACAAAAUCUCUGUUCACAUGCGGCAUUUUAAAAGGGAUAGAUAGACAGGAGAUGCCAAACGUCGAGUCACUGGAGAAUGAAAACCUACAUUGAAAGAUCACGUUCAUCUUUGGCCAUCACCACAUGUUAAAUGGAUACCGAAUGGAGCGCAACAUGUAGCCGAUUUCCUGUGUGCACUGUAAAAUCAGAAGUCCCGCAGAGUGCUCCGGGGUUAUUAUCAACUGAGGACAGAGGCGCAGUUUUCUCAAGCUAAAUAUUGGAAGGGAACGAAAGACAUUGCUCUCGGGAUCAGUCUGUCAACUGCAAAGAAGAAACGAAUCUAGGCCUCUUUUGCAAAACUUGCAAAGGCUGUCCAUAUUUCCCAGUAAUUUUCUUAAAAAUCCCUGUUUUUCCCAACGUGGAUUGCUAGUCAGGCGUUAUCUCAGGUGGAGGGGCCACGAUUCAUGAUCAAACAGCAUCCCAUAUUCUUCACUUCUUUUGAGUUUUCACCAUGGAAACCCCAUGUGAACAUUGGUGACGACCUUGAUGCAAUGAAUAUGGAGAGAAGGGUGGCAAUGUAAACAAAGUUUUGUAUUCGAAAAGAAACAAAGCUAUAUUAUCGCCCCCACUUUAUUCUUAGUGAAUUUUCCAUGGGCUCCUUUUGCCUUAGGCCUACAUUUAGAGAACAUUGGAUUGGUGAAUCAACUGACACUGUCAGAGGCGUAUAACUAACAAAUAUGUGAGUAAAGCUAUUCCAAAGUGCAGAUCCUGAUAAUCAAGACACUACGUGGGAUUUAAAGGACAUUCGUGACACCUCAGGGCAAAGGGUUCAGUUUACACGCAGGAGAAUAAAAGGGAACCCGAUGAGAGAGCACGAUGUAGGCCUACGUUUGAACCUUACAACAGUACCUUGAGGAGUUUUACACCUGCAGAACUACAAACAGAUUUCCACUUUUUUUACGACGAGGUCACAGGAAGAAUACAAAACGUAGUCAUUAUUCACGAUGCCUCGCAACCGGGCCUUCUCAGAGCCGGAGUACUCAGCAGAGUAUUCGGCGGACUGCUCUGUGACCCUACCAUCGGACCCAGGCCAUGCCGUGGGGCGCUCGCACGAGGUAACGGUUCGCAGCCAAGGGUGCUGCCUCUGCCUCCCACGCUUCAUGCGGCUCACCUUUGCACCCGAGUCUCUGGAGAACCUCUAUCAGACCUAUUUCCGGCGGCAGCGACACGAAACCCUACUGGUUCUGGUUGUGUUUGCUGCCCUGUUUGACAGCUACAUCAUUGUCAUGUGCGCUGUAGUCUACACAGGCGAAAAGCUGGCCUCUGUGGUGGUGGCAUCACUGGGCCUGGCAUCAGACAUCCUACUCUAUGUGUUGUGCCGCUACGGCCUGCUACCCGACCGCAUCUCGAGACGUGUGGUGCCCUACGCCCUGUGGGUGCUCAUAGCGGCCCAGAUCUUCUGCUACCUGGGCCUGAACUAUGCCCGCUUCCACCAGGCCAGUGACACAGUGGGCUGGCAGGCAUUCUUUAGCUUCUCCUUCUUCCUGACACUGCCCUUGCGGCUCACGCCCAUUGUGCUGAUCACAUCCGUGUCGUGCGGGGUCCACACCCUAGUGCUGGGGGUCACCAUUGCUCAGCAGCAGCAGGAGGAUAUCCAGGGGGCUGCCCUCGGGAGACAGCUGCUGGCCAACAUAGUGAUCUAUGUGUGUGCCAUCACUGUGGGCGUCAUGUCCUACUACAUGGCAGACCGGAAACACCGCAAGGCCUUCCUGGAAGCACGGCAGUCCCUGGAGGUCAAACUCAAUCUGGAGGAACAGAGCCAGCAACAGGAGCGUCUCUUGCUGUCCAUCCUGCCCAAGCAUAUAGCAGACGAGAUGUUACAGGACAUGAAGAAGAAAGAAGCCAGUCAGACUGGACAGAAGGAGAUGCAGCAGUUCAACACCAUGUACAUGUAUCGCCACGAAAACGUCAGUAUUUUGUUUGCCGACAUUGUGGGAUUCACUCAGCUGUCAUCAUCAUGCAGUGCCCAUGAGCUGGUCAAGCUCCUCAAUGAACUGUUUGCCCGCUUUGACAAGCUGGCUGCCAAAUACCACCAGUUGAGAAUAAAGAUCCUGGGAGACUGUUACUACUGCAUCUGUGGCCUGCCAGACUACAGAGAGGACCACGCUGCCUGCUCCAUCAUGAUGGGCCUGGCCAUGGUGGAGGCCAUUUCGUAUGUUCGUGAGAAGACCGGGACAGAUGUGGACAUGCGUGUGGGGGUACACACUGGCACUGUCCUGGGGGGCGUCCUGGGACAGAAGCGGUGGCAGUAUGAUGUCUGGUCCACUGACGUCACCGUAGCCAAUAAGAUGGAGGCGGGGGGAAUACCGGGGCGUGUGCACAUCUCCCAAGCCACCAUGGAGUGUCUGCACGGGGAGUUUGAUAUGGAGCCGGGGAACGGGGGGGACCGCUGUGAGUACCUGAAGGAGAGGGGCAUCGACUCCUAUCUGGUGGUGGUGCCCAAGGGCCCCAUGGGAAAGAACGGCAUCAACGGGGUGAAGUUGUCUGUGAUGUCAUCCAAUGGGAACUCUCCAUUGUUGAUCAACACCACUGAGUGUAAUGGGAGUGUCCACACAGCCUGCACCACACCAGACGAGCCAGAGGAGCUGGACACACGGGUGGUGAACCCUUCGUUCCCCAACCCUCGGCGGAGGCUAAGACUGCGGGACCUGGCCGAGAGGGUGAUUGAUGCGCAAGAGAACGAACAGGAGCUCAACAAACUGCUCAAUGAGGCACUGCUGGAGAGAGAGACCGUACAAGCUUUGAAGGGGAAACGCACCAACCGUCUGUCCCUGCGCUUUGUGGACCCUGAGCUGGAGACCCGCUACUCUGUAGAAAAGGAGAAGCAGAGCGGAGCUGCCUUCAGCUGUUCCUGUGUAGUGCUCUUGUUCACUGCAGCCAUGGAGGUCCUCAUAGACCCUCGAAUGAUUGCAAACUACGUGACCCUAGCUGUGGGAGAGGUCCUGCUGCUCGUCCUAACUGUCUGCUCUCUGGCGGCCAUCUUCCCUCGAAUUUUCCCUAAGAGGCUGGUGUCUUUCUCCACAUGGAUCGACCACACCCGCUGGGCACGGAACACAUGGGCCAUGGCAGCAAUCUUCAUCCUCACCAUGGCCGACAUUGUGGACAUGCUGAGCUGUCCCCGUCCCUCGGGAAACGCCACAAUUGCCCCUCCUUCCUCUGUUGUCCAAUCCGGGGCAGAGGGCUGUCUGGACAACCCCAAGUACUACAGCUACAUCGCUGUGCUGGCACUCAUGGCGACCACUAUGCUGGUGCAGGUCAGCCACAUGGUCAAGGUCACACUCAUGCUCCUCAUCACCAUAGCGACGGGCAUCGUCAACAUCUACAGCUGGAGGGACAUAUUUGACCGCUACGAUAUGGCCCGCUUCCAGGACUACAGGUCUUACCUGGUUCCCUCCAAAUAUGCCAUGACUGUGAUGAUCUUCAUCAUGAUGAUCAGUUUCUACUACUUUUCUCGACAUGUGGAGAAGCUAGCCCGUACUCUGUUCUUGUGGAAGAUUGAGGUCCAUGAGCAGAAGGAGAAGGUGUAUGAGAUGAGGCGCUGGAACGAGGCGCUGGUCACUAACAUGCUGCCAGAGCACGUUGCACGCCACUUCCUGGGCUCCAAGAAAAGGGACGAGGAGCUGUACAGCCAGUCGUAUGAUGAGAUUGGGGUGAUGUUCGCCUCCAUCCCCAACUUCUCAGACUUCUACACAGAGGAGAGCAUCAACAACGGGGGGAUUGAGUGCCUCAGGUUCCUAAACGAAAUCAUCUCCGAUUUUGACAGUCUCCUGGACGAGUCUCAGUUCCGCUGCAUCACCAAAAUCAAAACCAUUGGCAGCACCUACAUGGCAGCAUCAGGUGUCACUCCCAACGUCAGCAACGGCUACGCCUGUCUGAAGAAAGAGGAGCUGACUGACAGAGAGCGCUGGCAGCAUUUGGCAGAUCUGGCUGACUUUGCUCUGGCCAUGAAGGUCACGCUCAUGAACAUCAACUACCAGUCCUUCAACAACUUUAUGCUACGCAUAGGUUUGAAUAAAGGGGGGGUGCUGGCAGGAGUGAUUGGCGCCCGGAAGCCUCACUAUGACAUCUGGGGCAACACUGUGAAUGUGGCCAGUCGCAUGGAGUCCACAGGGGUCAUGGGUAACAUCCAGGUGGUGGAAGAUUGCUACCACAUCUUGAAGGAGUACGGAUUCCGUUUUGUGAGGAGGGGACCCAUCUUUGUGAAGGGGAAAGGAGAGCUGCUUACCUACUUUCUGAAGGGUAGAGAAAAACAGGGAUCCUUCAUCAACGGCUCCUCGGUCACCCUGCCACACCAAGUGGUGGACAACUCCUGACCUGCGUGUCAACGCUCACAGAAACACAAACGCACACACAUAAUCAGAAAUAUACAUUCUAAUGUAUAAGUGAGAUCUGAAAUAAUGCUUAUACCAACACUCCAUCUUUCAGAAUUGCAAAGAAUGUAAGAGGAUAUGUACAUCUUGCAAAGAGAGAAGAUUUGUCCCGCCUCCCCCACCCUGCCUGUUCAAAUACUUUUUUUGCAAACUACAAAGCUUUUCAAAAUAAUGCUCAGCUACUUCCACUACAGACUUAUGAACACAUAUCACGCUACUGUAUAGUUACACAUAUUUACACACAUUCUUAGACAAACACUCUUCAGACACAGACCGUCUGACAAACACAUUAAUGAAUUCACUACAAUGCCAUCACUCAAGCCAGAUGCAGCCAGGCUGUUGGACUAAAAGCCUCAUUUUGAAUACUUUCCCCCUUUUACAAAAUACUUUAUAUUUGGAAAAUAAUGGAUUUCAUUGUGUUUAUUACAGUAUCUCCAAACUGCUUGGAGAUGAAGAUGACCUGAGAUAAGAUGGUAGAGUGUUUGAAAGUUAAUGCAGUGUGUGUGUGUGUGUGUGUGUGUGUGUGUGUGUGUGUGUUUGUGUGUGUACUGUAUAAGCCUGCAGUGAAAGUGUUCUUUCUCACUUUUUUUCCAAUCUGGAAUCAAGUAAUGUUGCCAUGCCCUCUUUCUGUUUGCUAUGAAUUUGGAACACAUGCCUUCUCUGCUCUUCCCCCCUGGGCUUACAUUGGCACAUUUCACUUCUUUACGGCAUCUGAGGCUAUUCUGACAGUGGGUACAGAACCCAGGUGUGAGUCCUCAGGUGCGAAAUUGGAGACAGGUUGAAUGUUGUUGUGGGUUUUUUGGAGGCAUUGCAGGUGUGUGAAUGCAUGUUGUAAAGCAAGAGUGAUUCAUGGUAUUUUAGAGUUUGUGGUCACCAGGUCUUUGUGAGUAGCUGACACCUGUGGCCAUUAUGGGUAUUCCGGUGGGUAGAAAUGCAGUGCCCUGAAAAGGUAUUUGCCCCCUUUUCGGAUUUUCUCUAUUUUUACAUGUUUUUGAUACUGAACUAGCAGAUCUUCAACCAGAAUAUAAUAUUAGAUCAAGGGAACAUCAGUUUACAAAUAACAAACAAAUGUAUACUUACUUUAUUUAUUUAAAAAACAUCCCAAUAAAAAGCAACAAAUUUGAAGUUUUGGAAUGGCCUAGUCAAAAGUCCAUACCUAAUCCCAAUUGAGAUGUGGCAGGACUUUAAAUGAGCAGUUCAUGCUUGAAAACCCACAAAUGUCGCUGAGUUAAAGCAGUUCUGCAUGGAAGAGUGUGCCAAAAUUCCUCCACAGCGACAUGAGAGACUGAUCAACAACUCCAGGAAGUGUUUGGUUGGAGUCAUUGCAGCUAAAGGUGUCACAAGCAGUUAUUGAGUGUAAGGGGGAAUUACUUUUUCACACGGGCAUUGGGUGUUGCAUAACUUUGUUUAUGAAAUAAGUAUGUCAUUGUUGUGUUAUUUGUUCACUCAGGUUCCCAUGAUCUAAUAUUAGGUUUUGGUUGAAGAUCUGAUAAAAUUCAGUAUGAAAAAUGUGCAAACGUACUUUUUCAAAGCACUGUAUGUUUGUUUGACUGUAUGUAAGGUGAACAGUAUUGCAGAUGCGGGUGAGUUUCUUUUGCUCGUAUUGUAUCCCCAUCAGUGUCUUUUCUCCAAAAUUGGAUGAAAGUGCAAUAGUUUAUUCUUCUACAACCCGCUGUCCUCGCUUGCCCCUUACACAAAUUAAAACAUUGCUGGCCCUUUAAUUAAUAUUUUUAUAACUAAGUUUCAUUCAUUCUGAGAUUAUAUUUAAAGUGAAGGGAUAAAGGACUAAUGAGUCUGAGUUGUACAUACAGUUUACUGUUCAUUCAAUUAAUUUAUUGCAGAUGUGUCAGGGACAGAUUUCCUUUUUUAAACCAAUGUAAAAGUGCCAAUGUUGAAGGAAUGGCUUUGGUCCCUGAAAAUGUGGCCAAAAUGCAGGUCUUUGCUGUUUCUCGAUUUGUAUUUUAAAGAACCUCAGGCUUGGGAAUAAAAUGGCACUUUGAAUGGUCUGUAAACUAUUUGUGUUUGAGUUUAAAGUUAAGUUAAUAAUGUAUUUCAUUUCAAUGAUUUGUCAUUUUCAAGUGUAUUGAUUAAAAAAAGAAUUUAAACCA